GCCAUCCACCAGUAGAGUAGACGCGCGCAAGCCAAUCGGUUAACGUUAACACUCUGUGCGCGCACGGUUGUUGGUUGUCUACCACCUUGCAUAUUGGAUUGCGAUCGUUUUGCUUCAUUUCUGCGGGCACUUUGCAGAUCACACCACACCGCCGAUCGACGACACUCGUUUAGUCUCGAGAGCGACCGAACCGGUAGCAGUCCGGUCCGAUCGGUCGUCGCGCGUGAACGCAUCCCGUUACUGCUGCUCCGUCGCCGGUUAAAGUGAUCGAAUACUGCUGCUGCUGCAAGUGAUCUUCGUGGAAAUAUGUACGUUUACUGAUUGAUCGUAAUCGGAGUGUUUGGUGGUUGCGGGGCGGAACGUAGUGCCGAAUUGUUGUUAAAAUGUAUGUGAGGAGUAAUCAUCGAUCAACAGCUUGAUAAGUUAGAAUACCUGCGGUCCAACUAAGUGACAUCAUGAUCGUGGCAUCAAAACUUCUAAAGGGAGCCAUCCCGAAACGGCUAAUCGUGGCCAUUAUGAUCUUCAUCGCGUGCCUAACGUCGUUCAUGUUGCGUGUCAACAUGUCCAUCAACAUUCUAGCCAUGGUUCAUCCAACAACGGCCACAGCCAGACAGGCAACCAACUUGAGCGAUUCGACGCUUGUUAGCCAAUCAGCCACGCUUCCUACCUCCAGCGCAGCGAGUGCGACUCUUACAUUGCCAGGGUGGAAUGACACGAUCGAAUCGGCAAACGAAACGACCUUCACGAGCGAGUCAACCGAGGUUGAUAAAGAUCCAGAUCUGCAAAAUUUCGGACCUCGCUACCGAUGGGAUCAGAAAACGCAAGGAAACAUUCUCGGAGCGUAUUUCUAUGGAUAUUUGCUCACAUCGCUACCAGCUGGACUGCUAGCCGAGCGAUUCGGGCCGAAACUGCUGAUAACGGUUUCGUUUGUGGCUUGUGCGUUAACGACUGCCGUAACUCCGCUUCUAGCUGAAUUGGGAGCGUGGACGGUAAUUGGAUCGAGAGCCGUGAUAGGGCUGCUAGCCGGUUUCGUGUAUCCUUGUCUGCACAAUCUCAUAUCGCGAUGGAUUCCUCCAAACGAAAGAGGCAAAGUAAUUGCGUGUAUCUCAGGAGGAAGUACUUUUGGAACAGUAAUCACCUGGCCCAUAGCCGGAAUAAUAACCGAACAACUAGGAUGGCCAGCCUCGUUCUACAUAUCGGCCCUAUUCGUUCUUCUGAUUGCGGUCCUCUGGGUAUGUCUGAUUGAAGACUCACCAGCGCAACACAGAACGAUAACAGCGGAAGAGAAGAAAUUCAUCGAUGACACUUUUGGAGGAACGGUGUCCAAAUCCAAGUCAUGGCCACCGUUGGGCAAGGUGUUCACAUCGUUACCAUAUUUGUCACUGCUGCUGCUACACUACGGGAACUUCUGGGGUAUGAACUUCUUCAUAACGCAGGCACCGAAGUUCAUGAACGAAGUGCUUGGAUUCAACUUAUCUAACGCUGGAUUCUUAUCCAGCUUGCCAUAUCUGGCGCGAAUGUUCUCCGGAUUCUUCUUUGGCUACAUCGGAGAUCUAAUUCGGCAGAAGGAUCUCAUGAGUACAACCGCCGUCAGAAAAUCAUUCUGUUUGUUUUCACAUCUCAUCCCAGGAGCCUUCUUGAUAGCGCUUCCGUACAUCGGUCAGGAUCCGUUGGUGUGCGUAUCGCUCAUCGUAGCAUGUUUGGGCGUCAACGGUGCUUCCACCAUUACAAACCUGGUCAACGCACAAGAUCUGGCGCCGAAUUUCGUAGCGACGCUGUAUGGAGUGAUGAACUUCCUCGGCACGACAGCCGGCUUUAUCGCGCCUAUGUUGGUCGCACAUUUCACCUCGGAAAGUAACACCAUGGAGCAGUGGAAGAGCGUCUUCCUGAUCAGCGCAGCCAUGUACGUGGUGUCGGGCGCUAUCUUCAUCGUUUUUGGAUCGGGUAAAGUGCAAAGCUGGAAUGAGGCCAAAAAGAAGGCGGAAUCGACGGAGAGCACGGGUACAGCGGAUAUUAGCGCCACCUACAAUGGCGAGUGUACCAUUGGCAAGAAAGAGUGAAUUUGAUGCAAGCGAGUGUCAAAUGAUUUAAAGUUUGCAUGAGUCAGUAUUUUACGUGUGAAAUUUGUGGUAUUUAAUUUUAUAUUUCUUCAUGAAAUAAAACAAAUAAAUGAGAAUACAUUUU